CUGUGACGUGGCUGCGUUUGUAAAUUUACCGCAUUUUACUUGCUCUGCACUCUGUUCGCACACUUCAUUUGACGGUCAAGUUUAGCCGCUACCGGUUUGUAUUAAUUUUGCGAAACUUUCAAAGUUGUUAGGGGCUGCAAAUGUACGUUGAACGCGUCGCUAAAAUUUUACCUUCGUCGUCUAAAAUGCGAACUAAUUAAUGAGAUUUUGUGUGCGAGAGCCAGGGCUGCCAACUUGCUGAGAAAUAAAAACGCAAUGGCGGCAAGAUGGGAAAUGCAAUAAAGAGUAUGGACUUGACAAGAUUUUUUUAUAAAAUUACUUACGUAGGGGUAUUUAAUGGAAAUUCAGCGAUAAUAUGACAAGGAUCACACAUUAAUUCGCGACUUUAAGUUAUUUGAAGCAACGUUAUCGAAAAGGGGGCAACCCUAGGGCAGGCGAUAACGCUUGCAUCACCGCUUUCUCUCUCUAACACACUCACCGCGGGCGCAAAUGCAGCACAAAGCAGACUAGAAAUAACAAUCGUUAUCGAAAAGGUCGUCGAAAUGGGCAUAAAUAUUUUUAUAAACAGUAAAUAUAUAAUUUCUUGUGGAGAUCACGUUAAAUGUGAUGAGCUUUACAGUCGGAUUGCGGAGAAAACAAACCUGCAACCAGGGGAAUACUACUUAGUCAGCAAUGGCAAGCGCUUGGAGGGAGAAAUUUCAUCUGGAGAUGUUCACUGCGUUCUCCGCCAGCUCGGUGGCAAAGGAGGAUUUGGUUCCAUGCUUCGAGCCAUUGGUGCGCAAAUUGAAAAGACAACCAAUCGCGAGGCUUGCCGCGAUCUAAGUGGUCGCCGUUUGCGGGAUAUCAACGAGGAGAAGCGGGUGCGCGCCUGGCUGGAGAAGCAGGGCGAACGGGAACGGGAGGCCGAGGAGCGUAAAAAGCGAAAAAUCGAGAAACUGCUGGCCGUGCCCAAGCACGACUUUAAGGACGAUAAGUACGAGGAAGCCAGGGCUAAUCUGACCGAGAAGGUAAACGACGCCUUCGAGGAGGGACUCAAGCAGGCCGAGGAGAACAAGGAGAAAGGCGUCGAGGAAGCAACUUCCAGUGGCACAAAGAGGAAAUCCCCCGCCGUAGACAAGACCAAGGCAAAAAAGAAGAAAAAGGGCACACUCUGGAUAGACGAUGACAUCUCUGGAUCCGACUCUGACUCUGACGACAGCGAGGAGGAGCCAAAAACACAGAAAAAAGCUAUACAAAACUAGAUAAAUAACUUUUGAAUUAAGUAUGUACCAAAGACGUUCUUAUUUCAAAAUUUACCUGAAAUAAACAUAACAAUAUAAAU